GUCCACUACUGGUUUACAGGAAAUACCAGUAGAAACAGGCAGCGCACCAGGAAUUACCUCGCCUUUUCAAAAAAAACAAUAUACAUAUAUCUAUAUACUAUAAUUUAAAGUCUGACAGGUUUCUUCUAAAGGAGCUGAUGAUGUCUGACCAGGCCUGCCAGGAAGCUGCUGAGCAUUCCGGGCUGCUAAAGUUUUCCUCUGCUGUGUUUUACGCCGGCAGCUCGUUUCUGAUCACUAUGGUGAAUAAAACGGUGCUGACGAGCUUCAGGUUUCCGUCCUACAUGUGUCUGGGAAUUGGCCAGAUGAUCACCACCCUUGUUGUCCUUUAUGCUGCCAAAAAGAGAAAAACAGUCCAAUUUCAAGAUUUUGACAAAAGUAUUCCCCUGAAAAUUUUCCCUCUUCCACUGCUGUAUGUUGGGAACCACAUAACAGGACUGGCGAGCACCAAAAAGCUCAGCUUACCCAUGUUUACAGUAUUACGGAAAUUCACAAUAUUGAUGACAAUGAUCCUGGAAGUAUAUAUAUUAAGAAAAACAUUUCCAAAACGACUUAUAUACAGUGUUGUGGCCAUAGUCUUUGGUGCCAUGGUUGCAGCAAGCUCUGACCUGGCCUUCGAUGUGGAGGGUUAUACUUUCAUCCUGCUUAAUGACGCCUUCACUGCUGCCAGCAGUGUGUACACCAAGAAGAAACUUGGCACUGAGGGCCUUGGGAAAUAUGGUGUUUUAUUUUACAACUCACUAAUCAUUGUCAUACCAACUCUCUUGGCAAGUGCAUUUACUGGAGACUUACACAAGGCAGUUACAUUUGAAGACUGGGUUGAAGCUACAUUUAUUUGUUGUUUCCUCAUGUCCUGCAUCAUGGGGUUUGUGCUGAUGUAUUCCAUAGUCCUGUGCAGCCAUUAUAAUUCAGCGCUUACCACUACAGUAGUUGGGGCAAUAAAGAAUGUUGCAGUAGCCUUUAUUGGCAUCUUUGUGGGUGGAGACUACCUGUUCUCUUGGACAAACUUCCUGGGCCUCAGCAUUUGUAUGUCAGGUGGACUUGUGUACUCAUAUCUGACCUUUAACAACAAAACAUCUAGAAGAAAUGAAGAGACACAAGAGGUGAAGAUUAACAUUGCAGAGGAUUCUCCAGAGAAGUACUCUGCAAACUAGAUGGACAAUAUUAUAUUAUUCACCACUUGGUGGUGCUGUCCUGCUUCAUAUUGGAGAAAACGAUUGUUUUUUUUUUAAAUCUUUUAUAUUUAUUUAAUAUCAAUCAGUUGAUUUCCGUGCACAGAUUAUCACUGCUAAGUAAUGAACUCCACUACUAAAUGAAUAAACUGAAAAAAAAGAA